AUGGGGUCCAUUCCAAGCUCUACUAGCUCUCACAGUACCAGCUCCCAGUCGCAGGAAACCCCUCCCACCAAUGCUACCACUGACACCGCCAUUCAGAGCUUGACUUCUUCCACUUCAGUAGGGCGCAAAGUCUCUGUUGCCUACUCACCCGAGACCAACCCACCCCGCUCUCCUAAGAACAUUACCGCACGACGCAUCUCCGAGAACUUUCAGCCCACUUCUGAUUUCCUCAAUCACGGAGAAAGCGUCGAGCUCCCAGCGACUACCAAUCCGUUCUCGCAUUUCCCCGAGGUUGAGCAUGGUGGAUUUCCACAAGCUUCUAAUCCGUUUCCGCGUCUCCCUGACAUCGACUCGGUUGGAAAGGAGAUUGUGAAGGGUGAGGCCGGUGCUGAGGUUGGUCGUGAUGGAGCAGGAGAAGAGCAGGAAGGACACGUCAUUCCAGCUCGGCGUGUUCGGGCAGCGGACAUUGCGGCAGCUUAUCGUCGAGCAGGAGAAGAGGGACGAAGCCAGGCCGUUUGGGUGACGUUCUUUGCACGCCAGACAGGCGUCUCCCUUACGCAGGCACUACGGAUUCUGGACGAGGUUUGUGAAGGGGGUGUUGUUCUUGAAGCGCCUACUCAUCGUCGUUAG